AUGCAUAAAGAAUUUGUGAGCAAGCGCACAGUAGCGCAACAAAUUGCUUCAGUAUACGAUCCAUUAGGAUGGUAUACGCCUUUGCUAGUCAAGGCUAAAUACUUCCAACAGCAACUAUGGAAACACCAAUACGACUGGGACGAGCCACUGAAUCAAGAAGACACGCAGCAGUGGCACAAACUUAUAACCAGCAUCAACGGAUUCCAACAUAAAAUUCCUCGAAUGAUUGCCGAAUCCAACAAAACGUAUACACUCAUCACCUACACAGAUGCAAGUUCUAUAGCGAUGGCAGCAUGUACAUACCUAUCUACCGACACAAAAUCACAUAUUUUGAUGGCCAAGUCGAAAGUAUCAGACGCAAAACGGGAAAUCACAAUCCUGAAACUUGAACUAAAUGCUAUUACCAUUGGGACACGAUUGUCUUUCAAUGUCAUUCAAAGUCUCACCAAUGAAAUCCAUAUUCAUCGUAUCCUUAUUCUAUCUGACUCCGAAAUUGCACUGAAAUGGAUCGCAUCACCGAAUACUCGUUCCAGUGGCGUCUUUGUAGCAAACCGCAUCAAAGAGGUGCAAAAGGUUGUACGAGAUUUAAACUCAUUGAAAAUCUUGGUACAAUUUGGUUACAUCGACACAAACCAUAACCCAGCAGACUGUGGUACAAGAGGUCUAACGAAAGACCAGUUCUCAGCUCACAUAUGGUGGACAGGAUACACCCUUAAGCAGAUUACAGAGAACAAAAUUGCUCGAGACUUUGUAUCAAUUCCAGAUAAUGAAGGAGAAGAACUCCCGUCUUCAAUUGAAAUGCAUAUUCGGGUUACAGAGAAUGAUAACAGUGACCAAGUAACGGACAUCCUGGAGCUUGCAACUUUCAGCUUCUAUUCAAAAGCAAAAAGAAUUCUGGCUUUUGCACUGAGAUUCCUCAAAAACACGACGUCACGCCUUCGAGGAGAGCUACAAAGCAAACUCCACAGGCAUCUUUCGUGGCUUUUGAGCAAUGAACAAGGAAAUCACCUCUCAGCAAAAGAUAUCCUUGAUGCCCAGCAUGUGCUCAUAAAAAAUCACCAGAUGGUACACAUCAACAGACACUAUAAGCAAGAGCUAAGUAAAAAUUUAAAUCUGAAACAAGACAAGGCCGGCUUAUUGCGAGCUUACGGACGACUCAACAAGUCCGAUCUUAAUACACUAGCAAAAAAUCCUAUCAUCAUUGUGCCAAACACCGAUCUGAGCCGCUUAAUCAUCGACGAUGCUCAUGGGAUAUACCAUAAGGGUAUUCCGCACACUAUGUCAGAUGUUUGA